AUGGAUAUUAAUGAUGACCCUAAUGAUGAGCAUCUUGCAAGUUAUGACAUUCAGCUCUGUAUUCAGGAGUCCAUUGAAGCGAGCCAGGCUGUAUCUUAUCCUGAAAGAUUUGUACCACUAAGUGAUCAAAACAGAAAGCUUGUGGAGGCCAUAAGGCAAGGCCACAUUCUUGAGCUCCAGGAGUAUGUGCAGCAUAAAUAUGCUCUGGAUGAAGCUGAUGAGAAAGGAUGGUUCCCAUUGCAUGAAGCUGUUGUUCAACCCAUUACACAGAUACUUGAGACUGUUCUGGACGCAUCCUAUAAGACACACUGGGAAUUCAAAACCCGUAAUGGGGAAACACCCUUGACUCUGGCAGUCAAAGCUGGUUUGGUGGAAAAUGUCAAGACAUUGCUAGAAAAAGGGGUCUGGCCCAACACCAAAAAUGACAAAGGAGAGACGCCUCUUCUGAUUGCUAUAAAAAAGGGCUCCUAUGACAUGGUAUCUGAACUGAUUAAAUACAACACCAGCCUUGACCAGCCCUGUGUCAAGCAAUGGUCAGCAAUGCACGAAGCGGCUAAGCAAGGCCGCAAAGAUAUUAUAGCCCUGCUGCUGAACCACAGAGGCGACGUCCACCUGAGAGACGGAUUUGGAGUGACACCGUUAGGAGUUGCUGCUGAGUACGGCCACUGUGAUGUGUUAGAACAUCUUAUUCACAAAGGUGGUGAUGUGUUUGCUUUGGCGGAUGAUGGGGCAUCUGUGCUAUUUGAGGCAGCAGGAGGCGGAAACCCUGACUGCAUUUCCCUCCUGCUGAAAUACGGAGGAAGCGGCAAUGUGCCUAACAGGGCAGGGCAUCUUCCAAUACACCGAGCUGCCUAUGAGGGACAUUACCUUGCUCUGAAAUAUCUUAUCCCAGUCACAUCCAAACAUGCAAUCCAGAAAAGUGGCCUAACCCCAAUUCACUCAGCCACAGAUGGACAAAAUGCUCAGUGCCUCGAACUGCUCAUUGAAAAUGGUUUUGACGUCAAUGCCCUGCUCGCGGACCACAUUUCCCAGAGCUACGACGAUGAGAGGAAGACUGCACUGUAUUUUGCCGUCUCUAAUAAUGAUGUCCACUGCACGGAAAUCCUUCUGGCUGCAGGUGCAGAGCCCAACUUAGAUCCCCUCAACUGUCUGCUGGUGGCAGUGAGGGCCAACAGCCACGAGAUUGUCCGGCUGCUUCUCUCCUACGGAGCUAACGUCAAUUGUUAUUUUAUGCAUGUGAAUGACACUCACUUUCCCAGUGCCAUUCAGUAUGCCCUAAAUGAUGAGCUUAUGCUGAGGCUCCUGCUGAACAAUGGCUACCGGGUGGAGCUGUGCUUUGACUGCUUGCACGGUGACAUCUUUGGAAAUUCAUUUGCGUGGUCAGAGAUGGAGGAGGAGGAACUGCCAGGAUGGACAUCAUGCAUAAUAAAAGAUAACCCAUUCUGUGAGUUUAUUACAGUUCCAUGGAUGAAGCACCUGGUGGGCAGCACCGUCCGUAUACUCAUAGACUACAUGGACUACGUCCCUCUGUGUGCCAAACUGAAGUCUGUGCUAGAAGCACAGAGAGAAUGGCCAGAAAUCCGCCAAAUAAUAGAGAGUCCUUGCUCAUUAAAGCAUCUGUGCCGGUUAAAAAUUCGUAGAGUUAUGGGACUUCAGCGACUGUGCCAGCCAGCCUCCAUGGAGAAGCUUCCCCUCCCAGCAGCGAUUCGGAGAUACUUAUUAUUUAAAGAAUAUGAUCUCUAUGGACAACAGCUGGAGUUAAUGAUAUAA